AUGGGGCACGCCGACUACGAAAAGAUCGAGGUGGUGGGCGAGGGCACCUUUGGUGUCGUGACACGGGCCCGGGUGAUCAAGACAGGACAGGAGGUCGCGAUCAAAAAGAUCCGCAAGCCGAGCGGCAAGAACGGCGCAGACCUGUCGACGCUCCGUGAGACGAUGCUGCUGGCCGAGCUACGCCACCAGCACGUGAUCGAGCUCAAGGAGGCCUACUCGCACAACAGCGCCCUCUCGCUCGUCUUUGAGUUUUGCAUCCUCCGCGACAAGACGGCGCCGCUCGACACGUCGCGCAUCAAGGGCUACCUGCUCGGCGCCUUCCGCGGCCUCGCCUUCUGCCACGCCAACUGGGUGCUGCACCGCGACCUGAAGCCGGGGAACCUCCUGCUCAACGCGUCGGGGCACGUCAAGCUCGCUGACUUUGGCCUCGCCCGCUUCUACGGCUCGCCCGGCCGCAAGUUCACCGGCCAGGUCGUCACCCGCUGGUACCGCCCGCCGGAGCUGCUGUUCGGCGCAAAGCACUACGGCCCCGCUGUCGACCUGUGGUCGAUGGGCUGCAUCUUUGCCGAGCUGAUGACUCGCGCGCCCCUCUUCCCGGGAGGCUCCGACAUCGACCAGCUCUCGCGCGUCUUCUCCCUGCGCGGCACCCCGACCGACGAGAGCUGGCCGGCCGUCUCGAAGCUGCCCGACUACAUCCAGUUCAAGGAGGUGGCGCCGGUCCCGCUGCCGACGCGCUUCCCUGCCGCCUCGCCCGCCGCCCUGCGCUUGCUCGGCGACCUGCUCUCCCUCGACCCGGAGCAGAGGCCGAGCGCCGACGAGGCGCUCGCGCACGCCUUUUUCGACCAGGCGCCGCCCGCCGCCUCGCCUGCCGAGCUCGUGCCGCGCGCGAGGCCACCGGCCGCGCAGCAGCGCGGAGAGAAGCGGCCAAACCCGGACGCGAGGUGACACACAGGCUUGCCAACAUGCCGCACGAACUUACUCGUCACUCGUCGACUCGAGUCUCGACUCCCCUUCUUUCUCUAUACUCUAACACGUAUGUACUGACCAACUCUCGCAACUGUGAACUGACUACUGAGCAGAGUGUAAUCUGUAAAGCCCUAAGCCGCUAAGCCGCA